UAAAUAUUACUAUUUCUAGCUGACGCUAAACAAAACUUUUAUCAGUUUGAGUGAAUUAGAAAGGUUUAACUCACGCAUUUAGUUGCUCUCCAGGGUUUCUUUUAAAUAAUUACAACACUAUACCCCUUGCAAAGACCGGAAACUUGGGAAUCUUUUGAUAGGUCACCUUAAAAAUUUUCUAUUUUUUUGAAGACACCUUUAGAUGUUCACAUGGUUCAGAUGGUUAAGUAAAUAAAAGCAUAUUGUGUAAAUCAUAACAUUAUUUCUUGACCUCUAAAUAUAAAAAUAAAUAAAAAUUUAUUCCAUGUCAUUUUUAAUUGAAAAUAUUUUAAAAAAACCUACUACAAAAGAUGAUGAAACAACGGGUCUAAAAGAACUCUCUUAUAAAAUGUCAUCAUCAGAAAAAUGCGAUUGGUCGGAAGAAAGCAGCAGAUAUAAGGUAAAGAAAAGAAGAAAUCUUUUUUCCAAACACCAAACAUGGCAGUUAGAAAAAAAUUUUUUAAUUCGUCCAUACAUGUCUGCAGAAGAAAGAGAAACUCUUGCUGGUAAAAUUCAUUUAACCCCAACACAGAUUAAAAUUUGGUUUCAAAAUCACAGAUACAAGUUGAAAAAAGACUUGAAAGACAUCUCAAAGUCUCAAAGGAAUAAACAAACUUAUCAACCUUGUUACUUAUCUAAGUGUAGUCACAUAUCUCUUCCUCAAUACACAAAAUAUAUAUUAGAAGGAAAGUUCCUUUACGAACAAUGCAAAAUUGAUAGCAAUUUAGAUAAAAGUGUACGGGGACAUGUUUCAGAAUGUCAAACAAAACACAUGUACGAAAUAAAAGAAAGAAACUGCCAAAAUAAUCAGGUUUUGCACGGCUAUUAUAAACAAUUCCCUUUCAAGGUAGAAGCAGAUGAUUUCUUCCGGAUGGUGAAAUGCAGCGAAAAAAUGCAUACAUUUAGAGGCUACACUGAUGCACCAUUUACGUUAUAAAGAAACAAUUGGUUGCUUUUACGAUGUCAUACGUUUAAUGUUAUCAAAAUUUAAAACUGUUUUCUUGUUUAAAUUGUGAAUAAGGUUUUUUAAU